GUGUUUAUAAUCUAUGGUCAUACUUUGAAACUUAGAAAUUCGUACAAGCAAUGUUUGAAGCACAAGAAAUUAACGCUGAACAUAAAGAUUUAAUACAUGAUGUUGCGUAUGAUUAUUAUGGAGAUCGCAUGGCCACUUGUUCUAGUGACCAAUACGUAAAAGUUUGGGAUCAAAAUAAAGACGGUAAGUGGACGUUAACUUCGAGUUUUAAGGCACACAGCGGGUCUGUUUGGAAAGUUACAUGGGCGCAUCCUGAAUUUGGACAAGUUUUGGCUACUUGUUCAUUUGAUCGAACUGCAGCAGUAUGGGAAGAGAUUGUUGGAGAUACUCCAGGUCCUGGUGAAAGGGGAACAAGGCAUUGGGUCAGGCGAACAAAUCUUGUAGACUCUAGGACUUCUGUAACUGAUGUAAAAUUUGGUCCUAAGAUUCAAGGACUGCAACUUGCAACAUGUUCAGCUGAAGGUAUUAUAAGGAUAUAUGAGGCCCCAGAUGUAAUGAAUUUAAGUCAGUGGACGUUGCAGUAUGAAGUGCAGUGUAAAUUACCUUGUAGUUGCUUGAGCUGGAGCCCCAGUUUAUCAAAAAUUCACCCACAAAUGAUAGCUGUUGGUAGUGAUGAUGCCAAUGUUGCAAAUGGGGGAAAGGUCUUUAUUUAUGAAUACAGUGAAAACACAAGAAGAUGGACAAAAUUAGAAACCAUAAACUCCAUAACAGAGCCAGUUCAUGAUAUCUCCUUUGCACCAAAUUUAGGCAGGAGUUUUCAAUUGUUAGCAGUUGCUACCAAAGAUGUUCGAAUUGUGCAUCUUUCUAGUGUUGAAGAUCCAAAUCUUCAAGGUAGUUUAACAAAAUUAGAUGUAGAAACUGUGGCACAAUUUGAUGAUCAUAAUAGUACAGUUUGGAGAGUAUGCUGGAAUGUAACUGGAACAAUUUUAGCAACAAGUGGUGAUGAUGGAUGUGUAAGAAUGUUUAAAAUGAAUUACAUCAAGUCAUGGAAACCUGUAGCUGUUCUCAAGGGCGAUGGUUCUCAAAUGAAUGAUAUUCCAAAGAGUGCUCAACACCUUUCAUCAGGUUUACAAGUGCCACCUCUGUCGCAAACUGCCAGGUAUUUGAAAUUGGGAAAUAUAUCACAACCUCGUGAAUUGCCUAGGCAUUAGGUUAUAUCAAUAUAAUAUUACAUCUAAUUUUAAAUGAACGAUAUCACUUUGGUUUUAAUCAUGCCCGCCUACGAUUAUUGAAGGAUGUACAUUAUUGAAUAAAUGAUUUCUGUUAAUUA